GCGCCGAGCGGCGGCCGCCCGGGCCCUGCUCCCGAGAGUGCUACGAGGAGAUCGUGGCGCUGGAGCAGGCCGAGGACCGCAUCGCCAAGCUGGAGGAGGAGAACGGCAGCCUGCGGGAGCUGGUGGAGGACAUGCGGGCCGCCCUGCAGAGCAGCGAUGCGCGGUGCCUGGCGCUGCAGGUGGGACUGCGGAAGAGCCACGCCAGCCAUAAAGAAGAGGGAUCCUGCUUCAUAGGGAGUAAGAAACCAUUAACACAGAACCACUCCCAGACUGAGUGCCUCCAAAGUGUCCUGAAGGAAAUGGAGCUCAUCCGGAGCUCCAGGGAUGGGCAGAUUGAAGAAGCCAUCAGGUUCAACCAGGAGCUGGAGAAGGAGCUGAAGAGCUCACAGGAAGCUCUGGUCAGCCUGGAAGAUUGCAACCGUAACCUGAAGAGAGAGCAGGCAGAGAUGAGGAGGAAGGUGGAAGAGGCCAGACACGCUGUCCUGAACAGUCUUGGCAAAGUGAAGGAGCUGGAAGUGAGAGCUAAUGAGGUGCCACAUCUGCAGAUACACAUUCAGCAGCUGGAAUCACAACUGCAGCACUACAAGUAGGCUGGAGUCUGUCAAAAAGCGCCUAUAAAAUCCAAGUGUUGGGACACAAGUGAGUUUGAGAAUCACUGGUUGUGGCUUAGUAAAUGUCUCCAAAACACCUUGUAAAAUCUAGCCAGAGGGAAAUUAGAAGCUGUUUAUCCAUUUUCUUGGUAGGGGUCUGUAGGAGAUCUGGGAGCCUUCCAGACCAAAGUAAGGGUACUAAUCUACAGAGUGCUGUAGUUACUCCUCAGACACACAACAACAGAACUCAAUGUGCUAAUGCUUCAAGAAAGCCCCAAGCCAAAUUCCUGAUGGUCUUUCAGAAACCAUUUCCAAUGCUCUCUUUUUUUUCACUGCAUUUCCUGGUCGUUAGGUCCCAUCCCAAGCCAGCUGUAAUCAGAUGGCUGACACUCCAUUUCAUAAAAAAGCACUUCAGCACUUCCAUUUCCUAGGAACUGGGGAAAAGUACACAAGGAAAACUUCUGGCCAGUGGUUUUAAACUUGCUGUGACUUCAUUGCUUCUUCACUGACAGGUAAUAGAAGAGAGAAACUGAAACGUUCCUAGAUCCACAAAAUAAUAUAGUGGGAAUCUUAAACAAAAAACAUUUCCCAAGUAAACCUCACUUUUAUAAUAACAUAAACAAAUCUUUCCAGAAGUCAGAAAAUUCGUCAUGAAUUUAACAGUCCACUGCUUUUGUUGCUUUUUAUCACAGACAAAACUUGGACUCACUGAUGGUUAUUGAGUGUUAGGCAUUUCUGCAUAGGUUUUAGAAUGACCUAUGGAAUAAAAUCUACUUUCUAUUUUCACUGACCCAAAGCAAAACCAUUAUUAAUAGAUACAUUUUUACUUACACUACUUAAUCUGGUAUUUUAAUAAAUUGCAUCUUCUGAAGUCCUUGCCUCUUCCUAAAUUCACACUUCCUCUGUUUGCUUAUAAGAAGAAUUCAUAGUGAGUUAUUUGUGGCAUCAUAGCUAUUGUACUGUUUUAUGAAGUGAGGAAAUUCUAAAAAUAACCAUUUUA